AUGACCGUGACACACAUCGUUCAAUUCCAGUUCAAAUCCACCGCCAGUCCUGCGGAGGUCAAGGACACCUGUGACCGCAUGCUCGCCUUGAAGACCAACUGCAUCCACCCUACCUCACAGAAACCCUACAUCAAGGCUUCCUCCGGCGGAAAAGACAAUUCCAUCGAGGGGCUGCAGAAUGGGAUCACGCAUGUCUUUGUGGUGGAGUUUGAGAGCGUGGAGGACAGGGACUACUAUGUGCAGAAGGAUUCGGCGCAUCUGGAGUUUGUGAAGAGUCUGGGUGCAGUCCUGGAGAAGGCGCAGGUGGUUGAUUUCACGCCUGGGGCGUUCUGA